AUGCUAUCUCGACUCGUGCGAGAGCAUAGUCAAAAACAACAAGUUGUGAGGCGUAAUACUGAACAACUUCGGAAAGAGGCUAUACAGGCCGUAAAUGAGGUGACCGAUUCUUUAGCCGAUACUUUAAACGAAAGAGUUUCGGCUGUAUUUAAAACUCAACGUGAAAUUGAGUCUGAAGCAAGGCGGUUAUCCUCCCAAUCGGCAAAAUAUACUAAACAAACAAAACAAUGGUUAAACAUGUUGGAAGGAUUUAAUUCGGCUUUAAAGGAAUUGGGUGAUGUUCAAAACUGGGCAGAAGUAAUAGAGAAAGAUAUGAGAGAAAUUGCCAUGACUAUGGAAUUUGUCCAUAAAGGAACAAUUGAAGGUCAAUUAGUAACCACGUCAAGCAUUGGGGAACCGGGAGGCGAUGCGAGCUCUACCAAUAACUAA